GUAAUGAUAUUUCAUAAACAACCCUCAAAGCAACACAUGACAGUUGUCGCAGCCAGGAACCAACAACAGACUGAUCGCUCGUUGAGUCACUCAGCGCUUCCUUCUUACCCGCACAUCUACAGAGCAACCAACGGUCCAUGAAGGAUUCCCCAAAACCUGAUUUUGACACAGCAGAUGGACUAAUGAAGACUUCCCCACACCUGUCACGGAAAAGACAGGAGGACACAUUGUAGUUUAGCCUCCUACAACUAAGAGUUGGCUAGUAUUUAAGAAUAGGCCUACACACGGGUUGAUUGGCUGGCUAGCCUAGCUAUGUUACUAACGUUUACAUUAGCUCGGCUAGCUGUUCAAAAGUGUAUUCUUAUUUAGUGUUCGACAACAAGCGCUUGUUCAACAACAAGCGCUGUUGCUUUCCUAACACAGGGCAGUAGCAGCUAAUCGACGGACUUUUAUGUAAAUAAACCAACUUUAGAUUAAACCAAGUCCGCGAACAUAUCCUUUAUUUAUGUCAGACAGGUGAAAAUACUACUAUCUAUUUAAAAUAUAAAAAUUAUAGCGCUACUUACCGGAAUCUCCCAAAACUAAUACUUUCACUCUGUCAAGAGAAGCCAUUUUUGUGAACCAGAAGUAUAUCAAAGUAUCCCCGGGCCUCAAACAACGUUGCACUCUGAUUGGACAUGGUUUUGUUUACCGGGUUUCAUUUCCGGGACAUCAGUGAAGCGUGAUACACGAAACAAUCGCCUGAACUUGAUUACAGGAACAAAUGUAAUCUUAUAAAAAUCCAUUCCCACGAACAGCAGCAGCCCUGCUCCCAAUUGGCUGGAGUCCUUUCCAGAAACAGUCCCUCUCACCGUGGCAUUUUGCCGGUCUCCUACACCUUUGCUUGCGGAGCCAAACUAUCGCACACUCCUAUGAACCGUUGAAGAUGAGUGAGCCAGAGCUACUGACAGAGGUCCCUGCUGCAUUGAAGCGCCUCGCCAAACAAGUAGUUCGGGGCUUCUACGGAGUGGAGCACGCCCUGGCCCUGGACGUGCUCAUCCGCAACCCCUGCGUCCGCGAGGAGGACAUGCUGGAGCUGCUGAAGUUCGACCGCAAGCAGCUGCGCUCGGUGCUCAACACGCUGAAGGGGGACAAGUUCGUCAAGUGCCGCAUGAGGGUGGAGACAGCGGCCGACGGGAAAACCACGCGCCACAACUACUACUUCAUCAACUACCGUCUGCUGGUCAACGUGGUGAAGUACAAGCUGGACCACAUGCGGCGGCGCAUUGAGACGGACGAGCGCGACUCCACCAACCGGGCGUCCUUCCUCUGCCCCUGCUGCUACAGCACCUUCACUGACCUGGAGGCCAACCAGCUGUUCGACCCCAUGACAGGUACGUUCCGCUGCACCUUCUGCCAGACGGAGGUGGAGGAGGACCAGUCAGCGGUCCCUAAGAAGGACGCGCGGACGCUGGUGGCUCGCUUCAACGAACAGAUCGAGCCCAUCUACGUCCUGCUGCGGCAGACCGAGGACGUCAACCUGUCACAUGACCUGCUGGAGCCCGAGCCCUCAGAGAUCCCCGCGCUCAAGCAGAGCCGUGACCGUGCGGCGGCGGGCGCGGCGGGCGGGCCUCACCGCGAGGCGUGGUCCAGGGGCUCGUCCUAUGCCGACAUGUACACCCAGAACGUGGAGAUCAGCAUGGAGGAGCAGCAGGAGGAGGAACAGCGGAAGAGGGCCAGCGAGGCCAAGGCCACCCGGGACAGGCCCGUCUGGCUCACCCAGAGCACCGUGCAGGGGGGCACGUACACCGAGCCUGACGCAGCCAAGAAAGACGACAGGACCGGGGUCCAGGAGGGCGUGGCCGGAGCUGCCGCCCAAUCAGACGAGAACGAGGAGGUCAUGCGGGCGCUCCUCAUCCACGAGAAGAGGAGCGGGGCGGGGCCGGCCAGGGGCGGGGCCAAGGCGGCGGCCAAGGCUCUCGCCUCCGCCGGCAACGCCAGCGACUCGGACAGCGACACCAGCGAAUCGGACGAGGACUCGCCCAUGGCCCCGCCCCCUGUGUCGGGGGCCGGCUCCUCCCAGCAGCGGCGUGCGGAGGUGGAGGAGGAGGAGGAGGAGGAGGAGUUUGAGGAGGUGGGGGAGGACCACAUGGUGAUGGUGGCUGGGAAGGCGUACUCCUACAGGGAGGUGAGCCAGAAACCUGAGCUGGUGGAGCUGAUGAGCGCUCACGAGAAGGAGGCCUACAUCGAGAUAGGACAGAACCUCUUCCAGGACAUGUACUUCUGAACACACAUACAGGGGACAUGUACUUCUGAACACACAUACAGAGGACAUGUACUUCUGAACACACAUACAGGGGACAUGUACUUCUGAACACACAUACUGGGGACAUGUACUUCUGAACACACAUACAGAGGACAUGUACUUCUGAACACGCAUACAGGGGACAUGUACUUCUGAACACACAUACUGGGGACAUGUACUUCUGAACACACAUACAGGGGACAUGUACUUCUGAACACACAUACAGGGGACAUGUACUUCUGAACACACAUACAGGGGACAUGUACUUCUGAACACACAUACAGAGGACAUGUACUUCUGAACACACAUACAGAGGACAUGUACUUCUGAACACACAUACAGAGGACAUGUACUUCUGAACACACAUACAGAGGACAUGUACUUCUGAACACACACAUAUAUAUAUAUAUAUAUAUAUACACACACACACAUACGGUUUAUGUUUGAUAAUUUCACUUGUCCCACAAUUCACCUAGGAUCUUCAAGAGGAUAACAGGAAGUCAGUCUGCCUGUAGUCCAUCAUCCCACUAGAACUACAAAAGGGACAUGCCACAUCUAAAUGCCAGAGUGUUUAGAAGACAGUUAGUACCACCUCCAUCUCACCACUGUAUUCCCUCACAGGUGUCUGCAGGAUGCUCUCUGUUUGUUCCAGAGACUUCUGUGUCCUGGCUGUAUUUCCACUCGUGCCAGUCAGUGUCUUGUCAGUUUUAUAGUAUUAUAUUCUCUCACACUGUCAGCCAGCCCACGCUGCCUUGGACCGGCUGUUUCAUCUGUCCUCACACUGAGGCCUCUCUGUUCUCAGGUCACGUUCCUCGGUGUAUUAUUCAUUAUAUGUACCAUCCCACACACACACACACACACAGUUACACACCUACACACACACAGAGCCUACAGGUUCUUUUCUUACUGGGCUGUCCCAGCAGCAGGAAGCAAAGAACCACGUUUGAUGUUACUGCGGCAACCCCCAGGACGCUGUGACCUGCGACGAGGCGGGUGACUCCCCCUAAAGAGGGUGGCCUGACAUUUACAGAGAUCCCAGGAGCAACCCCCUGUCUCUCUCUCCCUCCUCUUCCUCCCUCCCUCCUCCUCUCGCCCCUUUCUCUCCCCCCUUCCUCUCCCCCCUUCCUCUUUCUCCCUCCUCUCUCCCUCCCCUUUCUCUUCCUGUCUCCCUCCUCUCUCCCUUCCCUUUCUCUCUCCCCUUUCUCUCUCCCUCCCUCCCCUCUCUCCCUCCCCUCCCGUCUUUUUCCCUUACGCUCUCUCUCUCUCCCUGGCUCUCUUUCCUUCACCCCUCUCUCUUUCUCCAUCUAUUUCUCUUACGGUGUCCCUCUGUCUCUCUCUAUCUUAUUUAUCUCUCUAUUUAUCUGUCUCCUACAGGCUCUGUCGCUCCUCCCUCUUCUUUCAUAUUGUGUAAUGUGAAAAGGCUGUCGACGUGUUGCACAGUGCCACUCCACAGUUUUCUGGUUGUCUUACUAAAGUACACAGCAGUAUUUUCAUGUUGGCAGGGGAAAACAUAUACAAACUGUUUAUUAACGGAAUAGAGAGAAUACAAAUUUAUUGUAAACAAAAAUAUUUUUUAUGGAUGUGUUAGAAUUAAGGUGAAGCCAAAGUUUUUUUUGUUUUGUUUCACAAAAUGAACUUGGACGCUUGAACGCUUCUAAUGGUUUCUAAUGGUUUCCAUGGCGUCAUGUUUGUGUUUCUUAUCCACACCUCUUUGCCGCUCAAACUCGAGGUGAACCUGUCAGCGAUGAGCACUUUGCUCUAAGAUUUCUGGUUCCUCAACGUUUUUUGUUAAUGGCUCAUCAAUAAAGUUUUGAGUUUGGA